GAAGGGCCGCGUCGUUCUUGUUUCUGCCACUCUCCAUUGUUUUUCCUGGUCGCCUUCGUUUCAGAUCUUUUCUCGCGAGUUCUUCACUCCUUCUGGAUCGUCCACCGAUGGACGAAAAAAGGAAGAAGAAAAGGAGGCGGAGAGCCCAGGCGUCUUCGCCGGCUCUUCCUGCUUCCUGCUCCGCUGCUCUCUGUGCCUCAGGUCCUUCUUCAGUGGUCUGUUCCUCUCCGUCAAGUCGCGUUUCCUUUCCUGUCCAACCUGCAGAUUCGGAUGCGAACGUUUCGGCAGCAUGCUACACAUCUGCUCGGAGCAACGAGAAAAACAGUUUCGCUCCCCGUGGAGGAUCGACGGCACCGCAGCCGGACAGCAGCCCCUCAUCUCCUCCUCUGGGAAAGCCGCGGGUGACCUCUCUGAAGAAAAAUAGACCUGCCAACAAGUCGCUUCCUCACUCGCCACUGCUCUCGCCUAAGACCUCUUUUGCUUCCUCGAAGCCGUUGGAGAAGCGCCGGGGGAAAGACCUUCCCGCCGGUAUCUAUGAGGACCCAAGUGUCUCCCGGUUUCUGGAAGCUCGCAGGCUCCCGACCCUCUGUCUUCCUGCUGCCGCCGCGUCCGCGUCUGCCGGUGCCAAGGCGUCUCUCCUGCGAGGUAAUACAACGUCGCCGGAUCCUCGUCUGGGGGAGAAGAAGCCGAAAGGCGAGAAGGAGCUGACACACAAGAAGGAGAAGCUGGCGACGCCCCUGCACCGCUCCGUCUCCGUAUUGCCAGCAGCCAAAAAGACGUUCGGAGGGUCUCUCAGCAAAGCCGAGAGUCUGCACGAACAAGCUGCGGACCAAAGGCUCGAAGCACCGAAGAAGCAACUCUCGUCACCUCUUCUCGCCGGCAGAGAGAAGCGCCAGUCCACAGCGGCAGAGGGCGGAGAGAACGAAGCCGAAGGGCAACCUGAGAAGAAGAAGAAAAAGAAAAAGAAGAGGUCGGACGACGGCUUCCUUGAAGAAGGCGCCGACCCUGAGGCAGUCAAGCGAAAGAAGAAAAGCAGCUCCGAUAAACAUGGUGAAGAAGGAGACGCGCCGGGGGAAGGAGGAGACAACAGGGGAUCUGGAAAGGGGACAGAGAAUGCAGCGAGAGAGAAGAAGAAAAAGAAGAAGAAGGACGCGCGGGUGCAAGAGGAGCAGCGGCCGUCGGAGAGCGAAGCCGUGAAGGAGAGACACCGAGAGGAAGAGAUGAAGCGAGAGGGCGAGGGGAACCGGAAGGAGGAAGGCAUUCGAGGCAAGACGAAGAUAACCAGUAACCACGGCGACAAAGAAAAGAGACAGACGACGCGGAGUGAAGGAACAGAAGACCCUGAGCACGCGAGAGGCUGGCAAGUGAAGCAGAGAGAGAAGGUGCAGCACUGGAACGAGGCAGAGAGGGGCGAACGGAGAGAGAACGAAGUCUCGUCCUGCUCUUCUGACGACGACGAAGAUGCCAGUGACGCCCACACACUGCUGCACCUGGCGUCUUGGGGAGACGAAACAAACAGAGAGAGAUCUGAGUCUCAGUGUUCUUCCCUGGAAGAAACGCCUUCACUGUUCAGCCAGGACUCUGGGCCUUCUCGGCCUCGGAGGGAUCCUGGAUCACGAUACACUCCGCCUCGAGGCGCCGUGUCAGGAGAGAAGCAAGUCAAACUCGACAAAUCUCGACAGAAAGAGAGCGACAUCCAAUUAGGCUCUUCCCAGAAGAGAGGAAACGCAGCGGUCGCAUCUUCGCGCCACGAGCGAAACGACGAACAGAGUCACCUGUGGGGAAGCGACACCCUAUUUGGGUCUGGAGAGGAGGAAGAAGAAGAGGAAGAAGAAGAGGACGAAGAGGAGGACGAGGGAGACGCGGACGUGGACGAGGAAGAGGAGGAGUCCGAAGAAGAAGGCGAAGACUACGAAGACGAUGACGACUAUGAAGAUGAAGCCUCUUCAUACGAAAGUGAAGCCUUGAGUGACUCUGAGUCGCCAGGAGCGUCCUGCUUCGCUUUCUCUGAGGCUGAAGAGGGCGAGAACGAGGAAGAGCGAGAAGAUGGAGACGUAGAAGAGGACGCAGAAGAAGAAGCAGAAGAAGCAGAAGAAGAAGCAGAAGAAAGCUUCGAGGACCAGGAGGCUAGCUGGGAUGAAGACUGGCAAGAUGAGGAGGCGAGCGGCAUCGAAGAAGCAGAGGGACUGGCCGAAGAAGAUUAUGGCAUGUAUGAAGACAUGGGCGAAAACGACAAUUUCGUCUCGUCGCUGUCGUCUUCUGGUCAGUCAUCGCCUCAACUGUCUCCUCGCUCGCCAUCCCGAGGCCCUUCCGCGGUUGCCGCUCCUCUCGCACUGUCGCCGAAACUCCCGCCCUCGGCGGCUCCACGAGACAUGCCAUCUGCGUCGGCGUCUCCCUCUCGCGAACCUCCUCGCGCGUCGCCUUCUCGCUCUCCUUCCCCCUCGUCUCCUCACGCGUCAAGGCGAUCUCUUGCGCACUGCACUCGGAGAAAGCAAGAAAACGAAAAAGGCGUAGAACGGGAGGCUUCUAUCUCGCUGCCGCCUCGUCGCAGCUCGCGUCUCGCGGGUGUGCUUGCGUUGCCUCUUUCGCCUUCCUCGCCCUGCAACGGCGGCCGCGCCUCUCUCGCCGCUUCGGCUUCCCCUGCGCGUGGCGGCGCGAGUCGCGCGCUCUCGCUCUCGCCGCAGCUAGCCGCGUAUGGAGCCCAACGCGGCCGAAAGGGGACAGUCUCCGGCGGGAAAGCCGGUGACGUAUGCGAGGGCGCGGGGCGACGAAAGGCUGAAGGGGGAGACGAAACGGAGAAGCGGACGACGCCCGCCUCGCGGUCAAGCACCUCCAAAGAUGAUUCAGCGAAUCAGCGAUCCGGGUCCCGUCUCCGGAAGCGGGACAGAGACGGAGACAGCAGGCCGGAGGUGUCUCACCACGUUUUGUCUCGGAGCCGCGCUCUGGCGAAGGAGAGAGACAACGACAUGUCUGCCUCCACCAUCUCUUCUCGAGGUCCAAAUGCAAGAGAGCGGCGGCCUGCGAGUAUCGGCACUCGUGGGGGGUCGGCUGGAGGCGAGGAGACAGCUAAGAAGAGCGAGGAGACAGGGCGGAAGCGGCGGAGAGUGGUACAAGACCCGGAGGAGUCGCAGGCGCAGACAAACGUGAUGCGUCGUAGAGGCGCCGACCGGGAAUACGACUUGACGAGCAAGUCCGCAGAUAAGUCCGGCAGCAACACACGCAGUAAAGAAGAACGCGGCUCGCGGCUGUCUUGCCGCUUGUCUUCGGCUGCCUCACCAGUUCCAGAGGGACAGGAGACAGAGGCGACCAAGAGAGAAGGCGUCCGAAGCAGACGGCGAACAGCUGACGCACUGGAAGGAUCACAUCGGGAGAUGACUCCGCGCUCGCAUCCUUCCGCUUCCCUUCCUUUCCCCUCUUCAUCUUCUCCAUGCUCAGGUGCUCCUGGUGCAGCAUCGUCUGCGUUGAUUUCUGGGAGAGACGGACCUGAAAAAGAGGCUGAAGAACAGAGAACAGCUGUCCGUCGUCGUCGACUCGUUCGCCUUCUGUCUCCCUCCGACAGCGAGGAUGACGGAGACAGACCGGCGCCUACGGCGACAGAAUCCAGGCGUGACGCCCAGAACUCGAUCCACUCCCCGACUCCUGCGACGCCUUCUCUCUUCACGAAACCUUCUCCCUCUUCAUCUUCUUCUUCAUCUUCCUCCUGUUCUUCCUCGACUUCGUCGUGGCUUUUUUCGGGGCGGUCGCAGGAGGCGAGCGAUGACUUGGAGGGUGCCUGGCGAAUCGUUGCCUCUCGCGUGGACAGACACUUGGAGUCCCUGCGUCGCGUUGCGCAGGAGCUCGAGAGGGAGAGGGAGGCGGCGCGGCGGACGCCGGCUGCAGGGAAGAAGCCUCUUGCAGACUCGCCGCGGGACGCCGCACAUGCAGUUGGAAAUAAAAGGCCCAGCGCGUCUCCGAUGCCGUCUGUCUCUAGCGCUGUGCCGCGAGACGCGGCGGGCGGGUGCGGCGGGAGGCUGUCGCUCGACGAACAGCGGAGAGGCGAGAGGGAGUCCGAAAGAGAGAGCGAAGAGGCGAGGCGACGGACGAGCGCCAGCGCAGCCAAGUUCAUUCUGGGGGGGUUUCGUCCACCGAAGCAAAGCGCGAGAACAAGAACGGCGUCGGCGUCGGGUCCUCAAGAGACCCAACAGGAGUCACAUGCUAGCCGUCCUCAAAGUGGCAACGCUCGUACGCCUGCUCCGCAUGCACACAACGCGGAGGCGCAAUCUGAGGCUGGCCGCCGAGACCGCCAGGGACCAGGAGACGCGCGAGGCGGCGAGGCUGCUUGCGUGGAAGGCUCGGGCGCCCCAGCUGUCUCUUCGGUCCGCGGCUGCAAAGUUGGGGACAACGGAGACACCUCUCCAGACGGUGGCCGAGACGCAGAAGAAGAAGACGUUUUGCCAGAUGAUGUCGACUGCAAUAUCACCUUGGAAGAUGUUGGCGGUUUGACCGAGGCGAUCGGGGUGCUUGAGGAGGCGGCAGCGGGUCUGCUGAAUCCUCAGCUUUUCUCGUCGUUUUCAAACGCGUGCUCGCCGCUGCUGCGACCGCCUCGCGGCGUCCUUCUCUGUGGGCCUCCGGGGACGGGGAAGACUUUGUUGGUGCGAGCCUUUGUGGGGAGUUUGCGCCAAGCCGGUCACCGGGUGUCGCUGUUUGUCCGGCGCGGGGGCGAGUUGCUGUCCAAGUGGGUCGGGGAGGCGGAGAAGAGCUUGAUGCAGCUGUUCGCUGCGGCCGAGAAACAUGCUCCGUCAAUUAUUUUCUUCGACGAACUGGAUGGCAUGGCCCCUUGUCGCGAGAAGAACUUGUUUUCAAAGGCGGGUGACGGUGAUGGAGCCUCCAGCUCCGGCUCAGGCGUCGGCGAGCAGGCGGCCCUGGUGGCGACACUCCUCGCCCUCAUGGACGGUCUGAAGCCGAUGCAGAACGUUCUUAUUUUCGGAGCAACGAACUGCCCGCAGUUGAUCGACAGCGCCCUCAGGCGCCCAGGUCGCUUCGAUCGCGAGUGCAGAUUCAUGCCGUUCAACGAUGUCCAGAGUUGCUUGUCCAUCCUUAAGAAGUUCCUGCGAGAACAGCUUGGAGUGCGCCGCCCGCCGGUCGCUGGGUUAGGCGAGAGACCGCGGACGAAGCGUGAGAAGCCAGCUGGAGGUCGACCUUCACGUCCACAGCGAGAGCACACAGGAGAGAGAGGCGAGCGAGCUGCUGCAACCUGCGUCGAGGAGGUGGACGCGAGUCUCGAAUGUGAGAGGGGAAGCCUCUUUGGCGAAGAAGCUAGUCGAGAAGAAGAGCUCCUCAACAUAGCCCAGGAGAUGCGCGGCAUGACUGGAGCGGAGAUCCAGCGUGUCGUGAUGGAAGCUGCGAUGGCGGCGACCCGAAGAGAGAAGCCGGAACUCUUUGACAUUUCUCUCCUACGCCACGCGCAGGCCAAGUGUGAAGACUUCGAUUGCGAGCCAUUCUUCUCCCUGUUCUGUCAGGCCUCGGCCCCACCUGUCGGGGCUGAAGAGAGCCUCGCUGCGCUCUUCUUCCCCUCUCAGUUGCUGGCAACCUUGCUCGGAACGAAGCGACCGCGCCCGGUACCUCUCGUCUCUAUCGACGACGUGGAGGCGGCCGUGAGUCUCGUGAAAGCCACAACCGACAGGGGCAGAGGCGCAGGGUGGACGGCGGCUGCUCGCGGAGACACUUCGACUUCCUUUGGGGCGACCCCUCCUGAGAAGCGGCACUCAAUUUCUCACCGAGGGGGCAGCGUGACGAGACGCGUCAUGAGGCUCUUGGACAACACGAGUGAAGCCGCCCACAGAUGUCGAAAAAGGCAAGGAGAAACUCCACAUCCUCACUUCUCGUCUUUCCCAUCUCUCCCGCCCUGUGUCACAGAUCUCGGCGGGAGCCUUGCUGAGAACAGCUCUGCUGAAGACGCCGGGGAAGACGUCUCGUUCUCUCAAAACAGUGGCCGCAGGGCCUCCUACCCCGCUUCUUUGUUUCCUCCCUCCUCGGUGUCCUCUUCGUCAUUUUCCUCCUCAUUUCCCUUCUCUUUUUCAUCUGGCUCUUCCUCUUGCUGCUGUCUGUGGGCAGCAGCAACGGAGGCGUCUCCGUUUUUUCGGCGUCCGGUUGCGUCCGUUCUUCACUUCCUUUUCCGAUUCCACGACGACCUUCUCUUUGAGGCUUGGCAGCGCCUCAUGACCAGAGACAGUCUCCUGUCUCUCGCGAAACAGACGCCGCCUCCUGGGAGCUGGGCGUCGUCGAGUGUCGCCCCGUCGGAGGCCGCCUUCGCGUCUGCAGGUCGCCAGCUCGAACUCGACCACGGAGACACUGGAGACAGGCAACUGGGUCGGGAGGAUGCGAUAACGUUUGAAGACAGAGAAAGCGAUUCAACAAUGCCCAGAGGAACCUGCCUCAGAGCCGGCCCUGCUUCUCUAGCUUUCCCUGAUCCUGGCGACAAGAGGGCGAACCUGGAGGUAGCCUUGGCCGGACCAGCGGAAGCCGAGAUUGGCGCGACGGACGGUGGGAUUGUGAGUCAGGAAAACGGCUUGUCGGUCGAAAACGGAGCGUUGAUUCAGAGCCAGUGUUCGUCCGAUCGCGGGGCUCCUUUCUCUCGCUCUUCGGUCUUAUCUUCUUUUGACGCCGCUCCUGUCUCUCUCGGAGUCCAGAGGCCCAGUGUCCCCUUGCUGCAGCCUGCACUCGCCGGUGCUUACCGCCGAGGAGUCGGCGGCGCCUUGGGCGCCAAAUGGCUGCUGCUGAGGGCCGGGGGGCGGUCCAGUAGGGCGGGGAAGCCGGCAGGCCGCUCUGCGGGUCUGCGGCCAGAGGCGAACUUGAGUCUGAAUAAAAUGGCAAACAAUGAAGGCGAUAACGCAGACAACGGGCUCUCCCUAAGUGUGCUUCGAGGCUACCUCAUUCCGGCGCUUCUCAGUGCUCUUAACGUUGGCGCGCGCGUCGAGCUGUCUCCGGCGACUCUCUUUGUCGGGCCUCAGACGACCGGCCCGGGGGGCACACCCAUUGGGGACAUACUCCACCGGGUUCUGCAUGUCGCCUCUGGACAAGACGACGGAAAAAGCGGAGCUGUCAUUCUCUACCAGAUCUCUGAGCUCUGGGCGUGUCUGAGUUCUCUCGAGCGACUGGCCUUCCUCGACUGUCUCCACCAGAGCGCUGCGGGGGGCCUGCGUGGGUCGUCUGGGGGGAGAAUGUGUUUCUUCAUUGUUUUGCUGGAGAAGAAUGAGAAGCUUCCAGUGGACUUGAGUCGCUUCAUGGCUGUCCGCGCCUCUGCUUCUCUCCACUCUCGGGAGGCCUUUGCUUUCGAGGGAAGAGAAGACAGGACGAGGAAACGCAGACACGACGACCGCGGGCUUCCGUCACGAGAGACUGACAAAGAGGCGCCCGUGGACAAUCCUACGGUCGACGAGGGAGCUGCUCUAUUAACGUGUCAAUUCGUGGAGGCCAUGGAGCAGCGAAUUCGCUUGUGGCUCGAGAGUCGCGACGAGGAAGAUCGCCGUCUCCUGCGUCUGAAGGCCCGUGCGAGGCUCUGUGGGGUGGCGGACCGAGAGGCUGCCUCGGAGACGCCGUCGCCUGCAUGCCAGCUGCUCUCCUCCUUCGCUCGCAAAGACCGAGGCCGCAAACCUGAGACAGAGAAAGACGCGACUCCAGCUUCCUUGGAGGGUGCGCGUGUGACCGCGAACUCGCCUUUCGACGCUCAGGCCUGGCUCGAGGAGGAUACGCCCGCGGCGUCGCUGUCUCUCUGCCUGGCUUGCUGCGUGUCAAAGGGCGAACAGCUGAGUCAGGAAGUGACGAAAUGGACAGACAUGUCAAAGCUCUUUUUGCUGCAGCAGAGAAGCGUGCAGAGACGGUCUGCGAGAUUCCUCAGACAGACCGAAGGGGGCGCGGGAGAUUCCUCUGAGGCACUCGAGAGGUGGGAAGAGAAAACGACCAAGAGGAAACUCCAGGCGACGCUCGCCGCCGCGCUCGCGCAGGCGCUGCAGACCCUGAAGCUGGAGAAGGAGAAGAAGGAAAGAGAAACGGAGGAGAAGAAGAAGAACAGAGGGAGAGGCGACGGAGAGGACGGCUUCGAGGAGGCAGAGGCCGAAGCACAGACACAACAAAGAGAGACCGAGAGACAGAAGAAGCGCGCGAACUCGUCGGGGUAUGGCGAGGCCAAGCUGGCGAGGCUCGAGAGACAGGACGCGGACGCACGAGAGGCGGAGGCGUCGAUGGAGGAGAGAGGGGAAGCAGAUAGAGAUGACGAGGGAGGGUCGACGUCGACUUGUUCGGGAAAAGAGCAAGAGGAUGACUGUUUGAGGGGGAGACAAGCGACACCAGAGGUCACACAUGAGGCACCAAGAAGAGAAGAUGUGGAGGCUGUGCCGUUUUCGGACUCAGAUGACGGUGGAGAUAAUGGACAGGAGACCAGGAAAGAUGCGGACGCGUCGAGGAAGGCCGACAAGGAGAAACCUGUGGUGGAAGCCAGAGAGAGGCGUGGAGAAGAAGGGAGUGCAUCCGAGGAAGAGGAAACCGAAUCUAGCGAUCGUUCAGACGCGGACGCAUCUUGCCGUACAGAAACAAGCGACAGGGAGGAGAAGGGAGAUGGCGAACCGGACGAGGAGAGCGAAACCUCCGACUCUGAGAAGCAUCUUUCUUCUCAGCCUCUCUGCUCUUCUUCAGACACUUCAGGAUCCGAAGACUCGCAGGAAGCAGACGGAACGGGAGAUGAAGACGAGUCAGACAGUCAGGCGACGAACGCGUCCUGGGGUCUCGGCCAAGCGGAUGAAGAGAGGAAAACAGAGAAGGGACAAAGGAAUGCGCAGUCACGGCCCGCGACGGUGUGUGGUGACGCCAUCGGAAGCACACAUCGAACGAGCCUAGAAACAAAAGAGAGAACAGAAGAGAAUGCCAUUACAGACGCGCGACAACCAGCCAUCGACAAGCCCUCCGAGCUCGACUGCCGGUCAAGACAGAGCGCAGAAGACUCUGGCGUCCACAACGGCUGCAUGCCGCACAUGCAAGAGAAACUAUCUCAAGAUCCGGAAGGCGGGGAACCUCCGCAGCGCGACUUUCACGAAAGGGAAGAACAUACACAUCAGUCUGCCAAAAGCGACAAGGAGGUCGACAGCCAUGUGGGAGAUUUCUGGGUUUUGCAUGGCCUCGAGCUUCUCGUUGAAGAGCUGCAGCGGCGGAACGCUGCUGGCGCGUACUCGUCUCUGGAAGCAUUCGAGUCAGAUCUGCUUCUUCUGCUCCUUGUUCUCCGUCGAAGUUUGCCGCCCUUUCUUCGCGGCUUUCGCACCUUUAGCAGAGAAGGCAAGAGCAACAAAGAGCGAGAACCAGGCUGUAAUACAGCCUGUCUCCCGUUGCCUCCGCGUGCUUCUCCGGAAGGGAGUUCAGAGCCCAAGAGAGACCCCGAGGAGACGGGGGGGAUCGGGGAAGCAUUCGGAGGCGGAGAGGAGGAAUCGGACGCUCGGCGCGAACGGCGCGUCUUUCAGGGCGAAUCGCCGCGGCCUCUGGAGACAACAGACACCCUUUUCGAGAGCGACGGAGACGCAGGAGACACAGAAGCGGCGAGCAACUGGGUGCGGCUCUCCUUGUGUUCUUCAGCGUGCUCUUUCGUGAGUGCGACGCCGUUUCGUGAUCCAAGCGAAGGUCGACGAUUCGAGGAGACAGAAGUCGAGGCAAGGCGCGCAGAGGAGGAAGAUCAAAGACGCGAGAUCGAAAGCGAAGUGCUCGAAGUCUACAAUCUUCUAGGCAGCGACGUCUGGCGUUUCCUCACCGCGUCAUUUGGGCAGGCUUGGAACGAGCUGGAGAGAGAGCGACAUCUCUUCGCGUUUUUCGCCCUUCGCGCGUCUUGUCGGGAAGCCAGCGAGGCAGGUGGAGACGACCGGAGCCGACGGCGGCGCAAACGGAAGGAGGAAGAAGAACUGCCUGAUCAAGAUGACGCACUCCCUGUUCGCGGCAGAAGACUGGAGCUGCCGCUGAAGCUGCUAGUCCCGUGCGUCCACGCCGCCAUGGUGGCCUUCGUUGAGAAGCGGCGGCAGGCCAGACAACUAGAAACAGAGGAAACGCCAGGCUUCGCCAGAGAGCCCACAAUGUCGCCUCUGAUGCCCGAGGAGUCCUCACGCGCCAGUGACAAGGUGAGAAGGCAGUCGCAUGGCGGAGUGUUUUCCCCCCGGUCAGCUUUGUCUCUCACACCUUCUUCACCCCAUUGUUCUUCAGACAGAGAACAAGGUUCAUCGCUGCCGGCGUCUUCCCCGCGUCGGGGGUCCCUCAGUUCCACGACGCGGGAGCCAUCGACAGAUCCAGCGUGUUGCGCCCUUUCGCGAGCUUCGCCUCGAUCUUCGUCCCCACCCUCCGGCGCCGCAUGCGUUCCCUCUCUCUCUGUCUCCUUGUCUCGACCUUCUGCGACUCUGUCGCUCCCCCUCGUGGAAGAAGUGAUGGCUGUCCAGGGAGCGUUGCUCCGUCAUCUGCUUUUCUCACCGACUCUGCAGGUGUUCUUGGACGUCUUCGAGGUGUGGUUUCAGCGCUAUGCGUCUCUCUGUUCAGCGUACCAAACGUUUUUCUUCUCUGUCGCGCCGAAUCUCUGUCCGCUUCUAGAAGCGUUUCUCCUUCUCUCCCUAGCAGCUCGACAGGCGGUCGGAAACGCCCUCUCACACGUCGAAGCCGACGAUCUCUCGCCACAGUCCGACGCUCACCUUCGUGAUGCGCCUGGAUCGCCGGCUUCCACUUCGUCACCGUCUGUCUCUCUUUCGAAAUGUGCACAUUCGUCUUCGCGCCCCGAGUCGGGCGAAGCCUCUUUCGGCGACUCCGCGGUCGCUGCGCGUUUUGCGAUUGCCAUGCGCUCUGCCUUCUCGUCAGCCUCCUUGUCGUCCUUCUCUCCUUGCCCGGAAAACCAAAGCGAUGAAGGUCUUUUCAAGCGUCAAGGUGUGCCUUUGUCGUUCUUCAUCUCCGCCUUCGUGGCGUCCCCAGCCUCGCUCCUGCCGUUGCCUCGAGCCUGGCGAGAGCUGAAGUGUGCAGCCGAGCUUUUCCAGGGCUCGGCGGAGAUAGCUGGCCUCGGAAACGGUUGCUGUGGGCUCCCGAGAUAUGGGAGCAAUGGCCGAGGCUCCUGGCACAACGCGGAAGGCCACAACGUUGGAGGCAGUCGCGAGAAGAGACAGGACGGGGCGCUGGACACGCUGGAUUCCGGGGGAAGCAAACCGAACGGCGAGGCAGAGGCGGGAAGCGAAAGAAGCGAGAAUUCGAGCAGCCAUUCUGGAAAGAAGAGCAGUGAAAGAGGCGAAGAGAGCCUUCCAAAGAUCGGGAGCGAUCAGCCUAGGGCAGGCGAGAAACGGCCGCGGCUGGCGAGUAGGCCGACGCUUGGGUUUUCCGAUGCCUUUCUCAGUUGUCCGUGCUGUGGAGACACAUCCAACUAUCCUCUUCAUGUCGCGGCUCGCAUGUCCGGUUCGAAAAACGACGCAGAGCGGACGAGGCGGCUUCUCGCCCAGGCGCGGGGGGGGAACGUCGUGGACGCGCCUCUACCUCUUUCCUGUUCUUCGAGUUCUGCCUCAGAGUCCUUAGAGAUGCUCGCGAGACUCGCAGCCCUGCGAGCACAGCGAGGCGAAGAGAAGAGAGUGAAAGGCGGCCGCCUCGAGCUUCUCUCUUCCUGGCUUCAAGACGACGAAAGGAGACUCACCCUUGCUAGGUCAAGCGCGGCGGUUGAGAAUGCACGCGAAGGGAGAGAAACAGCCAAUUCUGGGAGGGACGGCGACGGCAGCGACGAACAGGCAAGUAGUCGUGUUCAGGCCGGGCCGCUGCAUCUCCUGCUCCAGGCUGUCGACUCCAUGACCCGUGAGAUGUUGCUCGCUUGAAGGAAGCCUCAGGGCACUUUAGAAUUCGAUAUUGGGAAUCAAUGCUCUGCAAAACAACAUGUCAGGUUUCCUUUUGUGCGACUACCAGGACACGUUUUGUUUGUGUGAUUCGUACAGGAGGCGAGGGGGCUGUGGUUUAGCACGCGAGAAUGAGACUCUUUGCGUUCAUCGCGCCUGCACGUUGCUUGUGUUUCCCUGUGUCUUUCCUCGUUCUCGAUUCUCUGCGCUUGUAACUGUCUUGUUCUUCUCUGGGGUUUUUUCCCUGUGAUCUCAAUCGCGGCUUUCGCGACGCAGCGGAGGAAUUCAAAAGAGGGGUUUGAACGUGGUGUGGUUCUGUCAAGUUUUUCUGCGCGUUCACUCCUCUUUCUUUGUCGGUGGUUCUUCUGUAACUUUCUCGUCCUUUGCGUAUCAUCGGCGACCGUGUAUCACUUUGCUGACUCUGUGUCGCUGGAAUUCGCGGCUGUAUUGUAUGUGCACUGACAGCGUUAUGUUUGUGUUGUGUGCGAAGUAGCAAACCGAAGUGUGUCG